UUGAAAACAUUGUCAUAGCUAUUGUAAAAAAAACUGUAAAGAAAAGCAUUCAUUUAACAUAAAAAAAAUCAUGUUAGUUUAGCAAAUGAUAAUCUAAUAUACAACAACAAAUAAAUGUUUAAAAUUCAUCUAAAAAAGUUGUUUACCAAAUAAUAAUUUGAUGUAUAGAACAUGAAUACAUAAUUUUGUGUAAACAAAUACAUAUUCUUUCAGUGUACGUGCGCUUUGGAUGACUCUGGAAACUGAACAUUUUGAACCCUGCACAAAGAAAAUUACAAAGUAAUGCCAAUGGGGAAGUUCUACAGCCACCACCAAAUUCAUCCCUCUAGCGAUGAAAGUAUGCCAGAUUACACAAGUGGCCUAACCAGCGUCCGUGUGCUUACCGGGUGCGCCCUCUUCAUUUUGAUUGUUUCCACGCUUUUGGGGAACACACUUGUGUGUGCUGCGGUCAUCAAAUUCCGACACCUGAGGUCUAAAGCGAGCAACUCAUUUGUCAUCUCCCUUGCGGUGUCUGACCUGUUCGUGUCCGUCCUGGUUAUGCCUUGGAAGGCGGUGUCGGAAGUGGCAGGAUACUGGCUCUUUGGUGACUUCUGUGACACCUGGAUAGCUUUCGACAUCAUGGGCUGCACUAUUUCCAUCUUCAACCUUUGUAUCAUCAGUAUGGACAGAUACUGGGCAAUCUCCAGUCCAUUCAGAUACCAGCGUAAAAUGACCCAAAGAUUCGCUUUUGUGAUCACUGGGAUGGCCUGGACGCUGUCUAUUUUGAUUUCAUUCAUUCCAGUUAAAUUGAACUGGCACAAGGCAGAGACAGAAAACUCCAUGCUGGACAACCCAGAUAAGAUAGAAGUGUGCGACGCAAGCCUGAACAAGACGUAUGCUAUAUCCUCUUCACUAAUAAGUUUUUACAUCCCCCUGGUGAUCAUGGUGGGAGCGUACACACGCAUUUAUAGAAUUGCGCGGACCCAGAUUCAACUGAUAUCCUCUUUGCACAGUGUUGUGGAACACGCGCAGAACCAGCAAUACACUAAUGACGAAAACUCAUUAAAAACGUUAUUCAAAAAAACAACCAAAGCUUUUAAAACACUUUCUAUCCUAAUGGGAGUGUUUGUGUUUGGUUGGUUGCCCUUUUUUGUUCUUAACUGCAUCGUUCCUUUCUGUAAUAUUAACAAACUUGGGGACCCGCUGUGCGUUAGCAACACCACCUUUAACACUUUCGUCUGGUUCAGGUUGGCCACUUCGUCUUUGAACCCAGUCAUUUACGCAUUCAAUGCUGAUUUCAGGAAAGCGUAUUUGACGAUUCUGGGUUGUAAUAUAUAUCAUUCUAUGCCUACUGUCGAGGCUGUUGACUUCCCCAUCAAGUUAGUUUCGUACCACCACGAUACCACGCCCCAUGAAGACCCAACCGUCACCCCGGCUCAGCGCCCCAUCAUUGUCCAUCACAAUGAUUUGGACAUUCCGUUCGACAAAGUCCCCCCCGGUUUUUCACAGUACCAAAUGUAG